UAAAAUCAGAGGUCUAGAUGUAAAUAUAAGGAAGGAUAUAGAUUGAAAUUAUGAAAAACUUUUAAUAAUCGCAAGCAAAACAAUACAAGGCAAAAGCCCAGCCUUCAUUAUUAUUAUCGUUACUUGUCGGUAAUCUCUAAAUUCAUCCUCUCCCAAAAACUGAAGCUAAAUCUAUAUUUCUCUUAUUACAAUUAUCAGAGUUAUUUCUCAGGCUUUCUUGUUUAAAUGUCGAGUAGCUCCAAAAGUGAUGGCGACAACUCUUUUGAUGCUGAGGAACUUUUGCAAAUUGGGACUCGAUGCAGAGAGCUGCGAAAAGAAAAGGACAUGUUGAGAGAUUCACAACCCCAGAGCUUUGAACUUAUCAGGAGAUUAGAACUACAUGUGAAACAAUUAUCAGAGGCUCGUACUGAAGACAAGAAACAUAUCCAGAAGUUGGAAAGAGAGCUGUUGAACUGCUCUCAAGAGAUAGAUUACUUGCAGGAUCAGCUAAAUGCGAGGAAUUCAGAGGUAUACACCCUGGGGGAGCAUGUAAUUGAGCUUGAGUUGAAAUUAGCAAAUAUGGAACAUUUACAAGCAAACAAUGGCCAGUUAAGGGAGGAACUGAAAAGGUGUGAUUCAGAGCACUUGUUAUUGUUACAGGAACUAGAGAGCAAAGAAAUAGAGUUGCAGGAGUCAGCUUUGUGCAUAGGGAAGCUGGAGGAGUCGAUUUCAUCUCUAACUCUAGAUUCCCAAUGUGAAAUAGAGAGCAUGAAGCUUGAUAUGAUAGCUUUGGAGCAGGCUUGCUUUAAAGCUAAAAAAACCCAGGAAGAAACCAUCCAAGAAAAUGCUAGGAUGAAUGGGUUAAUUAAAGAACUUGAAUUUCAGAUUCUUGAGGCAAAGGAAAAUAUUGAAUGUGUAGAGAAAGAGAACAUAGAAUUGAGGGACAAACUUGUUACGUCUGAUGUGAACUCUAAAUUAUUUCUUCAGCAGAUUGAGGAUUGGCUUGAAAACAAGGACACAUCACAACUUAAUACUCGAUCAUGCUCAAGUGAGAUAGAGCACCAAAGUAAUAUGUCAAAAGAAAUGAGAGAGGCCUUAGGUCCAUGCUUUUCAAAGCUUGCAACACUAUUGGGAUCAGAAUCAAAUUUGAAGGAGUGGAUGGAGAGCAUGUCACAUCAGAUAAGAAAAUAUGAAGUUCUUGUAAAGCAGCUUAAGGAUGAAUUGAGAGAGGAAAAAUCAAAGGCAAAGGAAGAAGCGGAUGACCUAGCACAAGAAAUGGCUGAACUGAGGUACCAAAUGACGGGUUUGCUUGAAGAGGAGUGCAAGCGCCGUGCUUGCAUUGAACAAGCAUCUUUGCAGAGAAUAUCUGAACUAGAGGCACAGAUUGAAAGAGAACGGAGGAAAUUUUUUGCUGCUGCCGGGCAUGUCCAUGAAGCAUAGGCAUUAAGAACUGUGGACAACUGGACAUCCAUUAAUUGGAAAUAAGGGUUCAGGGCACUGGUUUGCCACAUGUCUUUGCCAUGCCAAAUUCAUUGGGUGGGGGGUUCCAGCAAAAGCUACCAUGGCCAUGCAUUCAGCUGUCCAGACAGCUAAUUCUGAUCAACUGUAAGAACUAUGAGAACACGUCAUAUAUUGGGAAGAGGGACCAUUGCGUAGGAAUCAUCUUAAUAUUUCAACCACGGGGUGAAGAGCAGGUUUUUUUAUUCAUGCAUAUAUGCUGUAGGUAUCGAUUAUCUCUGAAUUCUCUCUACUGGCAUGCUGCUAUGGUUGGAUCAUAACUGGGUCAUGGCCUUUCUCUGGCAUUGAGGGGAAAAAAUAGAAACAAGAUUGCAGUUGCUUUCUUAUUUGAUUGAAGCUUCUGUUGAAGAGGUAGUGACUUCAUUUACAAUUUAUACAAGCCAAAGAAGUGUGUCCUACUAGUAGGGUUUCUUCCAUGACAGGAUGAUUUUUGAGAUUUCUGACAGAAAUCCGUACAGUAUGGAGUCUCAGGGAACAUGUCAAUACACAUAUCAGUUACAAGAACAUUUUAGAAGGCAAAUUUUGUGAAUAUGGUUUUUGAAGAUUCAGCGGAUUACAGGACAGCCAUAUGAAUGAAGGAAAUAUUAUUACAUUUACAAAUGAAGGGCUAUGAGCAAUAUUUACUUCUUUGCUAUAUUUUUUUGGGUCUGAUGAACGCGACAUUGAAUGAUAUUCUGCACCGCGUUUUAGUGGGAACACAAUAGAUUAAUCUGAAUGUAUAGGGUGUGAGUUUGUGCCUUGACCAUUUGUUUUACUGUUCGCCACUCCGUGGCCUGGGAUGCUUUGAUUAAUCAAAUAGAAAUCUGUCAUUUGAAUUUUCUGGCUUA